ACAGCAUCACAGACCGGCCGGUCGUCUGGUUUGGUUUUGAUAGCGGAUAGAAGAUAGAACAUAAAUAUUAUCUCUUUUUUUUUUGUUCUCUUGUUUUAUUGUUCAAAGUCGGCUUCCGACGCGCCAUAGUUAAGGGGCAGAACCGUCGCCAGAAAUACGCAGUUUAGUAGCGACAGUGGACGCGGCUCAGUCAAGUGCGAAGUGUUGAUUUAGCGGAUUUUGUUGUUGUCAUCGUUGGAUAGUGAUAUUUUCGCAGCCUUCAUCAAAAUGGCAAAUCCAAAUCAGGAGAUUAAAUAUACCCAGCUGUUCAUCAACAACCAAUUCGUUGGCGCGAAGAGCGGCAAAACCUUCGGCACCAUCAACCCGUCCACAGGCAAACAGAUCAUCGAUGUUGCCGAAGGCGACGCAGCGGACGUUGAUGCGGCCGUCCAGGCAGCCAAACAGGCGUUCGCUCGCAGUUCACCAUGGCGCCAGAUGGAUGGUUCGGCCCGCGGUAAGUUGCUGCACAAGCUGGCGGAUUUGAUCGAGCGCGAUAUCAACGUGCUGGCGAACCUGGAGUCGCUGGACAACGGAAAAACCUUCGGCGACGCAGUGUUCGACAUGAACUGUGCCAUCGAUACGUUCCGCUACUACGCUGGAUGGACGGAUAAAGUGCACGGAAGCACGGUGCCCUCGGAUGGACCCGUGAUGACUUAUAUCCGCAAGGAGCCGGUCGGUGUGGUGGGACAGAUCAUUCCGUGGAAUUAUCCCGUGCUGAUGUUGACGUGGAAGUGGGCUCCCGCACUCGCUGUCGGGUGCACCUUGGUGCUGAAACCGGCGGAACAAACCCCACUGACUGCGCUGUACAUGGCGGCGUUGUCCAAGGAGGCAGGGUUCCCAGAUGGCGUGAUCAAUGUUGUCAACGGUUUUGGUCCAACGGUGGGGGCAGCUAUCGUAAACCAUCCCGACAUUCGAAAGGUUGCAUUUACUGGAUCCGUGGAAACGGGACGUCUUAUCACCGAGGGAUCGUCGAAAUCGAACCUGAAGCGCGUUUCGCUGGAAUUGGGCGGUAAAAGCCCAUUGGUAAUCUUCGAUGAUGUCAACGUGGAUGAAGCAGUAGAAAUUGCCCACAAUGCGAUUUUCGCCAACCAUGGUCAGAAUUGCUGCGCCGGAAGUCGUACUUUUGUGCAUGAACGCAUUUAUGACACAUUCGUAACGAAGGCUGCCCAGAUGGCUAAAUCGCGCAAAGUGGGAGAUCCGUUCGCUGAUGGCACCCAGCAAGGUCCUCAGAUCGAUGAAGAGCAACUCAACAAAAUUAUGGGAUACAUCGAGUCCGCCCAGAAAGAAGGAGCAAAACUGCAAGCAGGCGGAAAGCGCUCCGGAAAUGUUGGUUACUUCAUCGAGCCAACAGUGUUUUCCGAUGUCACCGAUGAAAUGACUAUCGCCCGCGAAGAAAUUUUCGGUCCUGUUCAGAGUAUCUUGAAGUUCAGCACACUGGAUGAAGUUAUCGAGCGGGCAAACAAGACUGAGUACGGUCUCGCGUCUGGAGUGCUAACCAACAACAUCAACAAUGCGUUGGUAUUUGCGAACGCCAUCGAAGCUGGUUCCGUUUGGGUUAACUGCUACGAUUACGUUAUGCCCACAACUCCUUUCGGUGGCUACAAGCAAUCCGGACAUGGUCGCGAGUUGGGUUACUGUGGAAUUGAACUGUACACGGAAACAAAAACCGUCACCAUCAAGCUCCCGACGAAGGUCUGAAAGGUGCCCAGGUCAUAUGCAAAUAUCGUCCCAUACUGUGGUCAUAAAUUGGAAAUCAGUUUUCGGAUCUGCGUCAUUUAAAUAAAACCACACCGAAAUCAAUUAAUGCUCAAA